CUUGCCAUUUAGUGUUCAGAUGAGGUCCGUUUUAUUAAGGAAUUGCAUAUUUAGCUUGAGCACAGAAAUUUUAACGUUAUAAGCCAAGACGUUAAACAGUAUAACAGAAAGGACAAGAGACUGGUGUAUUUUGUAAUGAAAUGAAGUAAAAAGAACCAAAAGUUUUGAAACACGUAGUGCUAAGGAGACAAAUUCCUGCCUUUUAAAAAUCGCAGUAUAACUAACUGGGGUGUUUCUUAGAGCACAAAUUCAACAAAGGUUCUUAGUAAACUCAGAAGAGUGCAGCUAAGGAUAAAAUGCAAAGUUAGAUUUAAAGUUGUAUCAGACAUUUUUUUUCUUAAGUAAAAGUGAAUUUAAACCUUGCAGUGGUAGGGUCUUAGUCCCCGCCCCAGGAGCUGCAACAGUGGUUGCUGGAGGCUGGAAACGGCGGAACUAAAGGAAGACGGAUCCUUCAGUUGCUGGGGCGGACGUGGGCCCAAUCUGUCCGUCCUUGCAAGUUUCCCCCAGGGCAGGGACUUAGACCUGUGGCAAGUUGAGGUUUUCCGGCACCGUGGGGGUCGUCGCUGGCUCGAGUUAGAAGACAGCCGAGAAAUCUUCGUGCCUCAGAUUUGUUGACUUCCAGAAUGCUUCGAUACCCAUAUUUUUGUAGAGUCUAUAAAACAUUUCUUUCAUGCUGGUUGGAAACUGGCAUGUGUAGUUUAGGUGUCAGGCCAAAAAAAAUACAUGUUACAGCAGAAACAUACAAUGAAUAUGAAGCCCAGGAGCAAACAGAUCAAACUGGAGCACAGGAGUUAAACAGAUCUCUUGAUAGAGAUUAUGAAGCUAUGAAUAAAUUACAUAUUCCAGUAAUGGUGGAUGAAGUUGUUCAUUGUUUGGCACCACAAAAAGGGCAGAUUUUUCUAGAUAUGACAUUUGGUUCAGGAGGACACACAAGAGCCAUUCUACAGAAGGAGUCAGAUAUUACUCUGUUCGUCUUAGACAGAGACCCGACAGCUUAUGCAAUAGCCGAACAGCUUUCAGAAUUCUAUCCUAAACAGAUCCGAGCUAUGCUAGGCCAGUUCAGCGAGGCAGAAGCCUUAUUAAUGAAAGCUGGAGUGCAACCAGAGACUUUGGAUGGAGUUCUUUUGGAUCUUGGUUGUUCCUCUAUGCAACUUGAUGCUCCUGAGAGAGGAUUUUCCCUUCGGAAGGAUGGCCCUUUGGACAUGAGAAUGGAUGGUGGCAGGUACCCUGACAUGCCCACCGCAGCUGAUGUUGUAAACGCUUUAGAUCAACAGGCACUUGCAUCCAUCCUGAGAACAUACGGGGAGGAGAAGCAUGCCAAGAAAAUCGCUUCAGCAAUCGUUCAGGCACGCAGCAUCUACCCCAUCACCAGAACCCAGCAGCUUGCCAGCAUUGUCGCAGCUCAUUUUUAUACAAAGGCAAGUCCCUCUCUGGUUACCAGGAGACACAGCAUUUGGUAGCGGCAAGAAACUUUGGCUCUCAUGACACGUAGCCUUGGAGUCACAUCCCAGGAUUACCUGUCCUGGCUCUACUGACUUGAGCAAGCUAUUUAAAGUCUUUGUACCUUAAUUUCUUUCUCUAUUAAAUAAUCAGAAUAAUAAUCUUUCUUCAUUAGAGUAUUGUGAGGAUUGCAUGAGCUUAUGUGCCUGAUUCAUGGUAAGUGCUCAAUAAAUAUGAACCAGCUCAGUUACCAGCCUCUAUCUUCACUGACUACCUUAGGAUAUGCUGGAAAGUUUGAAUGAAAACAAACCACAAAUUAGGACUAAGUGACUUUGAUUAUCUCACUGAGUGCCAAGAAAUCUUCAUUUCUUUAAUCAUUGCUUUUGAGUUUAGUCUUCAAGGCACUGGUCACUUUUUGUAGUGAUUUGAAAGAAAUCAACCAGCAAAGAGAGAGCAGUGAUGUACAUAUAUCAGGAAUAGAAGGCAGAAUUUUGGCCCUAUGACCUUUUCUCUUUGUGGUGUUGUACCCAUGUUAUGUUACACAACAAAAGGGACUUCACCAAUGUAAUAACUUUUACUAAUCACUGGACCUUAAGAUAGGGAAAUUACAUGAUCCUUUUAAACAGAAGAGGAAAUCUAAGAUAUUCAAAACAUGAGAAGGAUUAUAUGGGCUGUUGUUGGGAUGAAGAUGAAGGGAAGCCUGUGUCAAGGAAAUGGUAACAUCAGUCCUACAAACACAUGGAAUUGAACUUGCCUACGACCAGUGAGCUUAGAAGAAAAUCCUGGGUGUGAAGAGGCUGAGAACUUCAGCCCUGGCUGACACCUUGAUUUUAGCCUUGUGAGACCCUAAGCACAGAAUAUAGUCAUGUCAUUCUGUACUUCUGACCUACUAAAACUGAGAUAAUAAAGGAUGUUGUUUUAAGCCAUUAAGUUUGUAGUUAUUUGUUACAGAAUCAAUUUUUUAAAAAUAGACUUGCAACUUUCCUGAAACACAAAAUAUAACAAUGAAAAAAUAACCGAGAGGGAAGAAGUGCCUCCUGCUGAAAACAGUACUCUGGAUCUGAGAUAGACAAUGCAGUACUUCCACUUUGAAUCUCAGAGAUCCAGGUUUGGAGACCUUCAGGUUUCUCUCCAUUCUUGCCUCCUCUGAACUCUCUCAGCACCAUUAGGUUAACUGUAGUUCAGUGUCUUGUAAUUAUCUAUCUAUGUGACUAUCUCUGCAUUACAUUAGUAUCUUAAGGGAGGAACUACGUGAUUUACUUUUGUAUCUCCCAAACCUAGCACAGAGCCUGACAUAGUAGAGGCACUCCAGGUGUGUUUGUUAAAUGAAACAAUAAAUGAAUGUGUGAGAGAAUUACUGAACUAUUGAUGCUGAGAUCCAACAGCCCAAAGUAUUUGUUGGGAUCACAGAGUGAAUUUUACAUGUAUAAAAAUUUAUUAUUUGCUCUAUUUUGUUUUGCAGCUUAGAAAAAAAAAUACCCAGAAUGCUCUUUAAUGAACAGAUUUAAUUAAAAUAAUGACUCUGUUAAAUUCACCAAAUAAUUUUCCCUCCUAACUGAAGUAACUUUAAUUAUAUGAGUUAUUUAUAUAGAUACUAACUUCCAUGCCCUAUUAACAUCAGCUUUCUGGAGUGAUUUCUGAGAGGUUCAAUUCUUUCACCUUGAUGCCUAUGUCCAUUUAUCUGUUUGGUCCAAAAACUAAUUUGAUUCUGGAGAUGUUCUUAGAUGACACAGAAAAGAACUUACCCUUCACAAAAGGAAGUGUGUGAUCCCUGGAGUCAUGGAACUGAAAGAAAUGCUUUAAUAGAAUACCUAAACUACAUCAUUAAGCUUCCUCUUCUCUAAGAUUUCCAGGAAUGCAAUCACCAUAACAUCUCUUUGUACCCCAUCUCCAAUGGUCCAGAAACUCAUUCUUCCCUCUCUUAGAACUGCUCUCCCAGUACAAGUAUGAGAUAGACUCACCAGCCAUGUUUGUACUGUAUGAUUUUACCACAUCACCUCCCAUUCCUCUUCAACCUCUGAGCCAUGGCUGGGGGUGAACUGGAUUAAAAACAUGAUUCAGGAUGAUGAUCAUGAUCUAGGACCAUGAUAAAUAUCUGCUCAUGGGUAUUGGUAUCUAGAACUGAGAAGCAGCUCAUUAGUUUCUGUUGUAACCAUAUACUAUAAACUCAGAGCUUUUGGAUGACCACUCCCCUCUGAAGACAAGAGAAGUGGAGAACUGAAAUUAAUCACUUAAAUAGAGAAGCUCAGGCUUGAUGUGGAGAGGGAACAUUGCCUGGGUUCCAGAAGGCUUUCCAAAAUAUGUAAGCCUAGCCUCAUGCUGCUUUCAGGAUCUGUAAGUCAUCUCUUUCUCCUUAAAAUAUAUCCCCCCCUUCUUUUGUUCUCAUAUACUGACUAGAUAUUUCUGUUGCUCUUAAUGAUGAGUUCUAAUGAAUACACUACCAGAAAUGUAUUCCCUCUUUAAGUAUAUAUUUCUUUUCUGAGCAGGAGGAAGGGAACAUAGAGAAUCCCAUGGUAUUGCUGUUUCAUUUAGUAAAUAUUCACUUAUGCUUAUUACAUGUCAGAAAAGAUGACCAAACCACAAUCUUUGCCCCCAAAAGUUUGGGAUACUGGAGUCAGGGUAUUUCUUCCCAACACAGUACUCUUCUAAUGAGCAGCCUUUGCUCUAGAGCCCCUCAUUGGGUUGGACAAGACUUUUGGAGGCUUUUCUGCCCAAUUCUGUUUCCUCUUGCUGUUACCUUUGACAGAUGUUACUCCAGUACAUUGCUUACACUCCUAACUCCAUGUCAAUGUCAGCUUCCCAGAAGACCCAGCCAACACAGAUGGCAAAGAAAAAUGGAGAGAGCAUUAUUUAUUCAAUAAAAAUAUAUUGAUCAUCACCAGUGGCCAAGCAAUAUGCUGAACACCAAAGACAUCAGCAAAGAAGUUCUUUUCUGCAUGGAGCUUCACUACAGCGAUAUGGAAAUGGCAUCAUACAAAUUACACCAAACACUGGGCCCACCAAAUAAUAAUUGAAACAGAGAGUCAUAGUUGUGAUAUUAAGAAAAAUACAAGGAAAAAGUAGAGAGAAACCUGGGUUGGAAGAUUAAAUAUCAGAAUAUGUUGGGUCUCCAGUAAGGCAAUAAAACCUGUUGUUUUCUAUGUUAAUCACAUACUCCAUUUAGAACUCUGAGUCUGGAAAUUGUGGGAUUCUUCUCAGAAGUACAAAAUAUGGAAGACUUUAAUUGGUAUCAUCAUAUGUGAAAAAUGUAUGGGAGACUGAAACAAAAGCAGAAGUUUAACUUGAGCUAGCAACUUAAAAAAAAAACCUGAAGAAGGUUCCCAUUAUCAAGAGCACAAUGAGUCCAUUGUAGGCAGUAAUUGUUCCCCUGUGCUUUACACUGGUCAGACACCAUCUGGAAUCUUCUGUUCCGCUCUAGGUUCCUUUAGAGAAAAAUUUUAGGAAGGAAAAAAGCAAAUUGGACUCUAGAGGGCACAAGGAUGUAUAGAACGUCUUUAUCCAUAUGGCAAAAGGGCUUCUGGGUUCCAGAAGGCUUUCCAGAGCUAGGAAACUCAUCCAGAGCUAGACAUACUAGAGUGAGUCAUUGUAUCCCUCUUUAAAUAAAGGACUUACCUAUGUAACUUAAAAAAAUAAUAAAACCUCAGACCAAUUGGUUCUAAUUUCUCCUGAGGGUAGGAAUAGAAGCAAUAAGUAGAAACAAUACUUAAAUAGAUAACACUUUAGUGUCAAACCUAGAACUAUCUAUCAAUUGAAUGAGCUUAUUCAUCAGGCAGUGAGUCCCCCACACCUGAAGAGUGGAGCACAAGUAGUGAGGCUUCUUUGAGUGAUACUAUGAUACUGGGAUUUCAAAGAUUGGAAAAUAUAUGCAUAUGAAGUAUCUAGAGCAGCUUGUAAGAAAAGUCUGUACCAUUCAAGGUUCCAUUUAAAACAGGAUGGAUGAGGUAAUGGUUAAAUUAGAGGUGCAUGCUCUGCCAAUCUACAUUCAAAUACAAAUUUUCCAAAAAAAAAAAAACAAUGCCAGAGCAAGAUGGUGAAAUAGGAAACCCCAAACUCCAUUUUUCCACCAUGAUCCUGACUUAACAAUAAUAUACAGAUCAAAAUCCUUUAUGAGACUAGUGAAGACCUGUUAAUGAGUCACAGUACUCUAGGCAAGUCCAAAACCAAGAACACUUGCAUGGAAAUUAGUAAGAGAAGCCAUAGCAUUUCGCCUGUGAUUGUCCUUUCCCCAAGCUAACACAGUUCAGUGUGACUGGGAGAAAAUGUCCAGCUCACAGCUUCUCCCCAUGGAGGGAAAGAGAAAUGUGGAAUAUAUGUCCAACAUACUGGCUCUUUGGAGGGCUGCUUUAAGGACUAGUUUUGGCUCACCUACCUCAGAGUGCUAACUGGCAUAUAUAUUUUAGAUAUCUGGGGGCUACGGAGAAGAAAGGAAAGCUCAACUACUUGUUGCAGCACUAGAGACCCUGAAGUAUGCAGACAUACACAAGAGGGAGAAAGAGAUUACAAGCUCCUAAAAAGACACUGCUAAACCUCUCACAUUCAGAAAUUACAUGCACAAACCCAGAGAAGACGCAUCACCAGAAAAGGUUUGAGAGGCCCCCAGAAUCUCUAGUCAGGCUGACUGAUGAAGAUCUUUCUUUACAUGAAGCCAGUUCCUAAGAAUGGGAGGGGUAGCUGUUUUUUCAAAUGUCCAAAUCCCAGCAAAAAAUAACAUGACAUAUGAAGAAACAGGUAAACAUGGCCCUGUCAAAAUUAUAAAAUAAACCUCCAGAAACUGACUCAAAAGAAGUGAAACUCAAAAAAUUGCCUAGUAAAGAAUUCAAAAUAAUUACUUUUAAAAAGCUCAGUGAGCUACAAGAGAACAGUCAACUAAACACAAUCAGGAAAAUGAUGCAUGACAAAAUGGGAAUGUCAACAAAGAGAGAAACUAUGAAAAAAGAGCCAAACAAA